CCCUCGAUCAAGCAACUAGUUCACAAUGGUCGACGACAUCACCAUAUCCUUGUCUACCUCGACCCCUCCGUUGGCAUCGUAUCGAAAAUAAAUUCCUUCUGGUAUGGCGGGUAUGGAAGGAAGCUUCACAGAUCUUCGAUCAACACGAGAAGUCCUUGAUCUGCUGAAUAAUGGAGGCGAAUCGGUGCUUUGGGAGGUACUUGGUCGCGACAUCAGCCAACUGGUGCUCGCUGAGCCGGUGGUGAAGAGUGAUUUGUCCCCGCAGUACUAGCUCCCGGAUGAAAAAGAACGGCCAGGGUGUCGUUCCAGAGCGCCGGCGACUGCGAUAGGUCGUAGAGGCUCCGUUCUAGUUUGUACACCAUGGGUUCUCCCGUCGCGGAGUUCUUGGCGGAUGUACCGGGGGCGGGUCUGACGUGCACAUCUCUGUCGCAGAGGGCGUUCAGGAAGGCACCGACAACGUCCAGUUGGUAGAUGGGCCAGUUGUUGUGGCAGCCAAUGGCGCACGUCAUGCGAAUGCUCCCGAUACGGCAUACUGCGUAGCUGCGUCCGUAGUCCUGUCCUGGCUCUUGACGAUGUCCUCCGACUACCAGGCGAGCUUUGAAGCGUCCGUCCAGCUUAUUCUUGUAGACUAAUUUCGUUCCGAGGAUCUGCUCUCCCUUGGGAACGCUGCUGAGGGGCACCAGAUUGUAGACGUUGUCUUCCCGCAGAUCGUCCAUUUCCUCGCUGCACGCUCCUUUCCAUUCUUCGCGCUGGGGAGAGCUCAUGGCUUCGUGUUGGGGAUUUCGAUCGCUUGAUUCGUCUCCUCCAAGAUCCCGUGGUGUUCGUGAGUGGUCGUGACGUAGGCGUGAGCACGCGGCACCGUGAAGGGGUCUUCCGCAACGUGGGCGAAAUCCUCAGUAUCGCCAGGGCAUGGGAGCUGGGCUUGAUCGGCCUUCUCAGCCAGCUGAGUGAAGGAAAGACCGGAUGGCUCCACGCGGCCCGUUGUAGCAUGGGCUCGACCGCGGUCGUUCAUGGUGACUUCCAGAUUGGCAGGAACCACGUUGACGUCAAUAUGAUCGUCGCUGGUGGGCUUCCCGCGCGUGCUGGCUCUGGUGACUUGCAGGCGCCGCAUGCCGGAGGAUCCAGUUGAUGCAGAAGUGUCCGGUUCAGUCGGGUUCGACGAUGAUGGACUGGGGCUAGAUGCGUGGGUCUCGGAUGACGAUCCAGCUGGCGUCGAUGGGAGAUGUGGUGAUGGAGCGUCCCCGUCGCCGAGAUCUUGCCCGUUUCCAUGUUCGUCCUCGUGCCCGUCCAGUUCUAGGCGAAGCUUCUCCCGAGCGAGAUUGUCUUGCUGCAUCUUCCGGACUUCUUGCCGAAGGAGUUCGUUCUGCGCCGUGAAGUCCAGGUCGCUCGUCGAGUGGGGGCUGUCCAGCAGGGAGGUGAAGCUCAGCACGUCGCUCUCGUACCCGUUUGCUUCAGUGGAAUACUGGAUGUGCACUGAGAGGGGUGGAGAUUCGAUGAAAGUCACAUUCCGACUCUCGACCACUGCCCUGUUGGAUGGAUUCAAUACCCGGUAGGUCUGGCUGUCGAGGCCGAAACCACAUAGCUUGCCUUCGAAAGCUCUGUCGUCCAGCUUCUUUCGGUAUCUCUCGUGGUGUACGAAGGCGCGCGCUCCAAUGACCCGAAGUCCCGAGAGAUCAGGUGACUUAUUGUGCAACUUCGAGUAUGGCGUAGCUCCUCCCAGUGCUGAGUGUGGGGACCUGUUCAACAGGUAUGCUGCAGUCAGCAUUAACUCCCCCCAUAUGGACGGCGGAAAAUCUUCAUCCUUCAGAAGACACCGGGUGACUCCGGCCAGGGUUUGUCCGUCCCGUUCCGAUACACCAAUUUGUUGAGGGGUGUUGGUGGCGGCGUAUUCGAGCUUGAUAGCUGAAUUCUUGCAGUAGUCCCGAAAUUCGGAUCCGGUGUUCUCGCCUCCCUUGUCGCAGCGGAUGGUCUCGAUCCGGUAGCCUCCUGCCGCUGCGACGCACAUGUUGUACGUGUGCACCGCCUCGGUCGUGUCAGAUUUCUUGCGACGCAGGUACACUUCUUUCAUUUUCGUUCGUCGGUGAUCUUGCACGCGUACGGGAAGGAGCCUCCUUUAUAUUUCGCAGGUGGAUUAACAGGCCCCAUGUUGUCGAUGACCACAAGCUGUCCAGGCCGUGAUAGUUCGCGAGUCGAUUGCUUCGGGUGGGGGGACUGCUUGUGUUUCGCGAUCUGGCAGACUCCGCAAGCGAAGAGACUGUCGCGAUAGUCCACCCCGGUACCCGUGUCCUUCCGAAGGAUGUCCAGGCUCCGAGCAUUGAGAUGUCCAAGCCUCCUGUGCCAGGUGUCCGCGCUCACUAGCGUAAAGCAGACGGCGUUCGCCGUGUGGGUCUGUGACUGCUUCUGGUGGGGCACGAGGGAUUUCGUGCCAGAUGGCUGGACGUUCCGCUCGAACGUGAUGUCGAGGGUGCACAUGCCUUGGUCUCGCGGAUCUUGUGUGAGUGGAAUCACCUUGCCUUGGAUAGUGAAGUGCGGAGUGCUCUCUUCGACUACGCAGCGCAAUCCCUUUUUCAGGAGGGAGGUGGGCGAAAAAAUGUUGCGACCAAGUCCCGGAACGAUGAGUCCCUGAAUCCGCACGCGCAAUUGCUGUCCUCGAUUGUCCUUGACGGUGCAGUGUAGGAUGCCCGUGGCCGUGCCUUUGAGUUGUCUUUCUCCGGCCACGUCCACGAUCUUUGGAGAGUUUCGCUGGGUGUAAUCGUGGAGGUUUCCGUCGGGGAUGAGGCGAUUGUCAAACAUGGUCUCCGAUGCUCCCGUGUCUACCAGCAGGCCUACUCCGGUGGAACUCGCGGCGAAGUUGCGUCCUGAGAUGCGGGAACACGUGCCGAACAUGAAGCCGCUGUCAAAGGCGUCCUCGUCCCGGGUGAAGUCGACAACUGCCACUUCAUUGUUUGAGUCGUGCUUGUUGGACGCCGACGAGCAGUGAGUGCAGUUGGAGCACGCGGUGAAUGCUUUACUUGAGUCCUUGGUGUCUUCCGGGCGCUUUCCUCCUUGCUGGUAGCAUUCCUCGUCCGAGUGAGACGUGGUGUUGUGCUUGGAGCACCACUUGGUAGCUCCGGCGGGCUUCGUUUUCUUCUUCGCCCUGUUCUUGAUCUUGGGGCAGUUCCUCCUGAUGUGCCCCGGCUCGUAGCAGCUGUGGCAGAUGAUGUCAGACGCGGUCGUUGCCAUGGCAAAUCCUCGACCAGCUAUGCGUCCCUUCCAUCCCUUGCGCGAUUGUUCGUCCAAGAAGAUGUUGCGCAUGGUGGAUUGCAUGUCCAGGACGUUGAAGGUUGGGUCUCUGAACACCAUCAGUUUGACGUCCUUGUAUUCGUCGGAGAAGCCCUGUACGCAGAUGUCCUUGAAGCGGCGGUCGGAGAUGGGUUCUCCCAUCUUAUCCAGCUGGGUGCGAAGUAGGUGCUUCUGGUUGAAGUAGUCGUCGGGAUUUUCACCAGGGUUCAUGGGGUUGUUCUCCAGCUCCUCCAUCUUCGCCCUGAUGACCUCGUCCGUUACCCUGUCAUAGUUGUUGCAGAGCUCCUCGAAGGCAGCUUGUCCGUCGCCGCUGACGCCAGUGUCGUCUUCGUGCUUCUGUAUCGACAAGGCGGCUGGAAGCUCCACUAGGAGGAAAAGAAUGGCGUAGAGAUCUUCGUUUGCUCUUGUGUAGGAGUCGAAGGCCGCUGUGUCUGCGGGAUCUGGCUUCCUUUGUUUCUUCAGCAGUGGCAGGAUGUCCUUCCUGGUCACAUCUAACACCACGCAUAAUUUCUUCAUCCAUGUCUUGAACUCAGCUGGGUCCUUUCCGUCGAAUUUCCUGAGGCCUUUGAUCACGGUUGCCAGGAUCGUAGACUAUCGCUGGCGAACGCGCUUCCACCUCCUGUGUUGCUCGUUGCGGUAUCCAUUGCUCCUUCCAGCUUUAUUUUCUUCGUCUUGAUAAAAGUACUUCCUGCUGUAGGUGUAAGUUUGCUCGUGGUACUACUGCCUGUCCU